CCUUACAAAACACUAAUUCAUCACUGUAAACGGCAGACUGCAUGCACUGAUCAAGCAGUCUCUGGAAGAACCAAUUUCAAACCACACUAUAUUCUUCUUCAUUUUCUCUCUCGGCUCCCUCCCACACUAUAUUGUGCAAUCUGCAUUGGACAAGGUGAAGAACUUGUUAAACGAACCAAAAUGAGUACCUCAAUGAGAGAGAAGAAGAUGAGUGAAACAACAACAAGUUCAAGAAAGCUGCCUGAUUUCAAACAAUCUGUAAAAGUGAAGUAUGUGAAACUUGGGUAUCAUUACCUCAUUACCCACGGAAUGUACAUCCUAAUACCCCUAUUUUUAUCACCCCUGCUUCUCCCUUUUGCUGCUCACCUCUCCAAACUCUCCCUGGAAGAUCUUUACGCCCUUUCGGAUCACCAUCUUCGAUCCAAUCUCGCAUCACUCACCAUUUGCUCCACUCUCUUGGUGUUUCUGUGCACCCUUUAUUUCCUCACCCGCCCUCGCCCCGUCUACCUGGUGAAUUUCUCAUGCUACAAGCCAGGAAAUGGUAACAUGUGCUCAAGGGAGGGGUUUAUGGUGAGGACCCAAAGGAUUGGGACAUUCACUGAUGAGAACAUUGAGUUUCAAAGGAAGAUUACUGAGAGGUCUGGGAUUAGUGAUUUCACUUAUCUUCCUGACGCUCUUAACAGAAUCCCAGCAAAUCCCUGUUUGGCAGAGGCAAGGAAAGAGGCUGAGAUGGUUAUGUUUGGUGCUAUUGAUGAGGUUCUUGAGAAGACUUGUGUUAAGCCAAAGGAUAUUGGGAUUUUGGUUGUGAAUUGCAGCUUGUUUAAUCCCACCCCUUCUUUGUCUGCGAGGAUUGUUAACCAUUACAAGCUUGGGGGAAAUGUUUUGAGUUAUAAUCUGGGCGGGAUGGGGUGCAGUGCGGGUUUAAUCUCAACCCAUAUGGCUAAAGAUCUUCUGCAAGUUCACCCCAACACUUAUGCCUUGGUUGUAAGCAUGGAGAACAUCACCCUCAACUGGUAUUUCGGCAACCACAAACCAAUGUUGCUUUCUAACUGCUUGUUCCGGAUGGGCGGGGCUGCGGUUCUUCUUUCAAACAAGGCAUCUGAUCGAAGACGAUCCAAGUACCAGUUGGUACACAGUGUGAGAACCCACAAAGGCAGUGACGACAAAUGCUAUUCCUGCGUGUACCAGAGGGAGGAUGGCGAUGGGGAGAUGGGCGUUUCUCUCUCAAAGGACCUCAUGGCCGUGGCCGGGGAUGCUCUCAAAACCAACAUAACAACCUUAGCUCCUCUCGUACUCCCCAUGUCCGAACAGUUGCUUUUCUUCGCCACAUUUCUGGCAAGAAAGCUGUUGAAGAUGAAGAAAAUCAAGCCAUACAUCCCAGACUUCAAACUAGCAUUUGAACAUUUCUGCAUCCACGCUGGGGGAAAAGCUGUGUUGGAUGAAGUGGAAAAGAAUCUGCAGCUCUCAGACUGGCACUUGGAGCCCUCAAGAAUGACGCUGUACCGAUUUGGGAACACCUCAAGCAGCUCGCUUUGGUAUGAACUCGCAUAUACGGAAGCUAAGGGGAGGAUUAAGAAGGGUGAUAGGGCAUGGCAGAUAGGAUUUGGGUCUGGGUUCAAGUGUAACAGUGCGGUUUGGAUGGCUUUAAAGACUAUAGACCCGGCUGAGGAGAAGAAUCCAUGGAUGGACGAGAUUCACAACUACCCUGUACAGAUUCCCGGUUAAAACUAUGUAUGAUAUGAUAACAAUCUGCUGAUUGAUAGUAAUAAGUGGCUAAUAACUUCAGCUGCAUUAAUUUCGUAAAUUUUUCAUAUAGUCACUUUAUCACA